GUUAAAGUGACCUGAUAUAUGACACAGAUGUAAAAUUCAUUGGUUUGGAUUAACUUGUACCUGCUUAUACAUUUAUUUCUGACAAUAGAUGAUUGGUCACACACUGUCCCAGCUUUCGGACAAAUUCUGUUGAUAAAAACAUUCAAACGGGUCACUGGGUCGUCACUAUGUCUCAAAUUCCUGCAAUCGCAAUCCACGGUGGAGCAUGGGCAAUUCCUGACAACCUUGCUGAAGCCAGCGUAGAGGGUGUCAAAGUUGCAGCACAAAUAGGAUACAAAAUAUUACAGGAAGGAGGUUCAGCGCUUGAUGCUGUAGAGGCUGCAGUAAGAAGUUUAGAGGAUGACCCCGCUUUUGACGCAGGCACAGGUUCAGUGUUAAAUACAGAUGGUGAGGUAGAGAUGGAUGCAGUACUCAUGGAUGGUAAAGAUUUAAAAUGUGGAGCAGUAGCCUGCAUACAAAACAUAAAAAAUCCCAUUUCCAUAGCCAGGCUUGUAUUGGACAAGACGGAUCAUGUAUUGUUGGUAGGCAAAGGAGCUAACAAGUUUGCAGAACAAAUGGGUGUUGAAAGUGUCGAAACAAAACAACUUGUCACAGAGGAAGCUAUCAGAGAAUGGGAACAGUAUGUCAAAUACAAAGUCACAGUGAAUACUUUGUUUAAACAAAGAGAGCCCAUUGGACAUGAUACAGUAGGUGCAGUAGCUAUAGAUACGUCAGGCAAUGUAGCAUUUGGAACAUCAACAGGUGGUAUUACAGCUAAAAUGCCAGGCAGAGUUGGGGAUAGUCCUAUCAUAGGCUCUGGUGGGUAUGCUGACAACAAUUCCGGAGCAGUAUCUACUACAGGUCAUGGAGAAUCUAUACUCAAAGUUUGUUUGGCUAAAAAUAUCACUACAUUAUUAGAACAAGGUAAAUCUGUGGAUGAGGCAGCUGAGGAAUCAUUAUCUACCAUGUUUACAAGAGUUCAAGGGUCAGGAGGCGUGGUCGUAGUGGACAAGCAUGGAAAUGUGGGCAAACAUUUUACCACAGAAAGAAUGGCAUGGUCAUGGAUAAAAGACAAUCAAUUAAGUUAUGGAUUGAAUCCAUCAGAACAUUUCACUGAACUAUUAAAAUAAUCAGAAAAUACACAAAAGUGCUUGCCAUUUAUUAUUGUUUAUAAUGUGUCCAUCAUUUUGUUCUUCAGCUCCACUUUAGAAAUAGCUACUUUUCCUAACCACAUAAAAAACUUUUGUCAAACUUAUAUCUCCU